AUGGACGAACUUCCGAACGAGCUGUUGGCAUGCAUCGCUGAACGCUGCGACUUCACAUCGCUCAAAACAUCGCGACUACUAAACAACAAGUGGCAUGCCAUCAGUACACCGCUGGUUUUUGAGCAUUUCUACAUGGGACUGUUCGAUCAUUCUCUGUCGAAACUAGAGUGUCUGGCUUCGUCGUCGCUAGCAAAGCAUGUCAAGAAACUCACAUUCUAUUGCGACGUGCUGCCAGCAUACACGCGUGCCGAUUGGGAGCGGGAAGUAGAUGCUAGGUUUGGCCACUUGUAUCAUUACAAGAACGAUGUGGACGCUGAAUGUCAAGCGUACAAAGACCUUGUGCAGGAGCAGCAAGAUUGGGAUCAUUCACAACAAGGCCAGAAGUUUCAGGAUUGUUUUCUUAGCCUUCGAAAUCUAACAGAAUGGCCGAUUUGGAGAAGACUUACAGAGCGCUGCCUCGUUGGCCCAGACCAAUGGAAGAAGCGCAACCAUGCGCAACCGUUCAUUCUCGUUGACUCCCUCGAUAGCGGUGUAGAUGCACGAGCAGCACUUGCAUUGCUUGAGGCCAUGGGUGAACGCGUAUCUCGCGGACUGCGACCUAUCACCAAGUUGCAGCUCCAGCUGGUCUGCAAGAACUUCUACUUCAUGAGGCCCCUCGGUCACGACGGCUGGGCUCAGCCUGUGCCAUUGUGUUACAGCAAUGCAGUCAAGCCGAAGAUACGGACUGCAUUCGCAAACCUAACAGAUCUGUCUUUGUACGUCGAGGCGCCUUUUGACUGGGAGCACUUCGGUGGGAUUCUGGCGGACUUCUCAGAAUUCCUCUACGUGGCCAAGCAGUUACGCUCUCUUCGCUUCUGGUUCGAGUACCUUGAGGACUUCAGCGGAAACUGGCCAGGGGGCAAUCGUCUCUACACGGAUCAGAUCGGCUUCUUCUCGCAGAACACUGUGGUAUGGCCCAAGAUUGAGCAUCUGGCGCUCAAGGUCAACAUUCCAUCAUGCAAGUUGCUUCCCUUCUUGAAGCUUCAUGCAAGCACGUUGAAGUCUCUUGAACUUCGACAUAUGUUUGUGCAAGACGUACCGUUACUGCUAGAAGGCAUUCCCGGGGCGCUCCAAUUGGAUCACGUCUACAUUCAGGGACUUUGGCAUUAUGGCCCUGGUCUACCACAGGAGGAACUCGACGACGAAACGAAUGUCUGCUUCCUCAGCUACAGCACGGAUUGUGAUCGAGUGUAUGAGACUUGGAUGAAGAGAUAUCUCCUUCGUCAUACCCCCAGGAUGCCUGAUUUGCGCGAUGAUCCACUCGUCCGCAUCAAGACCGGACAUGGCAUGAAUCUGGUUGACUAUGAGCCCAUUUUUGAAGAUCGAACUACUCACCUCGACUAUUCGUCUGUUGCAAGUAUUGAUCAUGAAUCACCAGACCCCACGGAAAACAUCAGACGGUACCUUUUUCUUGUUCUCAGCAGUCAAGCUCUGUGCUUGCAAUGCGACUCCGCCUUUGCCGGUGUUUCCAAAGGCAAGCUGCUCACGGCUGUGAAGCAAGUUCGCUUCCUCCUUCGUGACUUGCUCUGGGUCGGUGGCUAUCUUCGGCAUGAUCUUUUCGGCGGCGUCGUGGAAGAGGACGAGUAUCGGUGA